UUCUAUUCUCUUCUCCCACCAAAUAGCCGUCGCGCAUUCCCCAUUCCCACGCCGCCACCGCCGCCGUCGCAUCCUCGCCCAUCUCCGCCGCGGCGCCAUGCUCCGGCUGCGAAGCUCCAUCCUCGCCCAUCUCCUCUCUUCUUCUCCAGCCACCUCUCCCGCAUCCCCUCUCCGCCGCCUCCUCUCUGCCUCUGCCGUAGCGCCCGCCAUCUCCCCAAGCGCCGGAUUCGCCGCGGAGGAGUACCUCGUCUCCACCUGCGGCCUCAGGCGAGAACAGGCCCUCAAGGUCUCCACCAAGAUCUCCCACCUCAAGUCCCCAGCUAAUCCCGAUGCCGUCCUCUCAUUCCUCGCCGGCCUGGGUCUCUCCACCACCGACGCCGCCGCCCUCAUAGCCAAGGACCCGCUGUUCCUCUGCGCCAGCGUUGAGAGGACCCUGGCGCCCGUCGUCGUCGAGCUCACCGCGCUCGGUCUGUCGCACUCGGAGAUCGCGCGCCUAGCCUCACUCAGCGGCCGCCAAUUCCGUUGUAGAUCCAUCGUCUCCAAACUGCACUACUACCUUGGCCUCGUCGGCUCCUCCCACACCUUCCUCCGGGUUAUGAGGUUCUGCAAUGUCUUCUCAUACAGCCUCGAGAGGGUGGUCAAGCCCAAUGUGGCUUUCUUGAAAGAGUGCGGGCUAGAUGAUUGUGAUAUUGACUGGUUGUGCAUCUCAACACCGAGGCUGCUCACCACCGACCCGAUGCGUGUCCAGACGAUGGUGACACGUGCUGAAGACAUAGGUGUGCCCCGUCGCUCUGGGAUGUUCAGGCGGGCUCUUAAUGUUGUUGCCUUUCUCUCUAAGGAGGAGAUCACAGCCAGAGUGGACUACUUAAAGAAAACGUUCAGGUGGACGGAUGCUGAGGUGGGCAUUGCUGUUUCGAAGGCUCCCACGGUGCUGGGAAGGUCCAAGGAAUCGCUUCAGCGCAGGUCCGAGUUCCUCAUCUCCGAGGCGGGCUUGCAACCGGCUUACAUUGCUCAACGGUCGGUAAUACUCGGUCACAGCCUGGAGGGCCGGCUCAGGCCCCGGUACUACGCUGUAAAGUUUCUCAAGGAAAAUGGAUUGCUCAGGCGUGACCCAAGCUACGAUACAAUUGUCAAGCUGACCGACAAGGUAUUCAGGGAGAAAUUCAUAUACCCUCACAAGGAAGCUGCACCACACCUCGAAGAGGACUAUGAUGCCGCUUGUAAGGGGAAGUGCCGACUAAUUUCAGAUUCACAUGAGCCAGGAACAAGCUAUGAUAUAGCUAUGUGUUGCUUGUCCGCUGCUGUAUGUCUCUUAGAUGCUGGGUUGUUGUUGCUAAUGUGUGAUGAAACUGAUAAUUUGGUUCCUGAAUAUUGUUAUAUGAUGCCAUCAUUCAGCAGAGAAGAAACCAUGGACUGAUUAUGAACAUUUUUGUCACCGUUCAUGUUUUUAAACACUCGUAUUGGAGCUAAGUAAGUGUGAGUUCAGGCCAUUAUGCAACACAUUAGGAUUUCAAUUCAAGUUAGCUGCUGGUACAUUGAGACAAUGAGCCAAGGUUUUUUGGAAGCAGCUGGAGGGGAUGUUGCCUUGUGUGUUAGCAUUUCCUAUUUAGGGCCCAAGGUUAAUUCACCUGGCUUUAGUUUAUUAUAUUUUUUCAAUUAUGAUUUGAUAUAAAAAAAUAAUUUGAUUUGCUCAUACAAAGAUUCAUAGCGACCUUUUUUUCUUUUUCUUUAACUAACCAACCAAAUAUAUAUAUGUAUGCAUUCAACUAUGGAAAGUGUCUGGAAGUGAGUUCUCCUUUAUUUGUAUCGAUUUGGAGCCAUUGGUCAUACUGGAAAUACCUACUGGGCUGCAUGAUAAAAUGUGCAGGGCUCACAUCUGUACACUUUCUCUAAAGAAAAUAUCAAACUCUCACAUGGAGGGGGGUUGGCAUCAUUUAAGUUUAAGUAAGUAAAUUUAGGUGCCUCUGUUCAUUUUUAUGCUAGUAAAUAGUAAUGCUAUUGAGACAAUGGAGAAGCACUUGCUGCUAGUGAUGUUAUCGAGACAAAGAAGCACUAAUUUUGUACUGUGUUUACUGGUAGUUUGUAUCAGUUUAUUUAUUUAUUUGUCUCAUGUAUGGCUGAUUCUUUUCUUGGGGCAUCUGAUCUCGAAACUGGCUAGUUGAGUAGUAGGCUAGUAGCAUUUCUUUUAUUGCCAAUUUGUAUACACUACGUAAUAGAUAUUUCAAGUGCCCUGGUAUUCGUACCAGGUAAGCAAAUCGAUGCUUGUAUGGUAUGGUGCUGAAAAGCAGAGGGCAUUUGAUACAAUAAGGAAACUUAUGUCAUGGCAACCUUAAAAAGCGUCAUGACAUUACCAUGUUAAUUUCUGCCAUAUCGUUUAGCUAAUUUUAUUCCAUAUGAGCACUAUCUACAUAGAUACUGAGGACAUCAUUAUCCCUUGGCAUAAUUUUUUACAAUAGUAAAGUGGUCUUAUGAACCAUCCUUUUUCGCAAAUUUCUAUCUGGAAAGUCGUAAUCGAAAAAGGAAAAAGCUGUGUGAGGAUGGUCAUAUAUUGGUUUGUUCCUGAUGUGAGGCUGUAGUAGUUGAAAGAAAUGAGAUCUCAGGUGUGUACUUGUAGUAAGGCAAAGGAGAUGGUCUAUGCUAAUACUGGCGAAGAGAUGUGAUUUAAAGAUCAACUGUGUGUCCCUUCUCUGGUGCUUUUUGAAAUUGUAGAAACAAGAUUAAUGAAAUCUAGGUGAGGGGAACGGGUCGAAUGAUGAAGUGACUUACCACCAGGUGAGAAGAUGAAGGGCUGGGCAAUAGAAGCAUGCUGAUUUACUGAAUGUGGAUGGUGCUUUUUUUCUUCUUCUAGGAAACGAGACGAAACAUGGCGGCAAUGGCUUGGCUGUACUAUACAUUAUUCUGAAGGCUCUGUUAGUUGAUGACGCCUUGAAGCUUCAGCAACAAGUAUGGCCUGACAAUGCAUGAGUUUUAUUCAGGGAAGCUCCUACUUUUCUCUUUUUUGCAUCUUGCAAGUUGAGUAAUCCUUCUAGUAUUGUACUAUAGCUUUGAAUAAACUAGCAGCAUCUGGUGCUUUAAUCAAUUUUCUACAUUUUGGUGCAUCUUCACUUGGAUGUAAACAAUCUGAACAAGUCACUCAUGCAUGUAAAAUGUCGGCGGUAUGUAAAUUUUGUACUCUGAAGUCUGAACUCUGAAUUUCAAUCAGAGCUGAACGUUAGCCAUGAACCUUUCAAACUUCAUGUGUGAACUUGAAACUUAUUAUACCCAAAAAGUUGCCAGCAGCUAAUAGGCUAAGCUUUUAUUUACGAUUUCACUUCAGUCUCUUCAGAGCCACAACUAUUAUACAGAAAAGAGUAUCAACAUUUUCCAUUAUCAUAGCAACAUAUGUAUGACAAGAGUUCUUUUAUGUUUUCAGAACGCUGGGACUGGUCUUAACUAAUUAUGAUGAGAAAUCACUUUCUUAUCUUAAAUACAUCAGUGAUUAUAGGAUUUUCAUUCUCCUGUCGUUAUCAUAAACGUCCAAUUUAGUGUAUUAAAAUAGGCAUAUUUUCAUAUAGGUUCGCCAAAAGGGAAGUGUCAUUUUUACAUUGUCAGCAACCGUUGGAGCUUGGUACAAGUGGAGGGAAAAAGGGGAGGCGUCGCAACAGGGCGCAAAGCUCAUGGCGUCUGAAGCGUUCCAUUUUCUUCCGGAAAGGAGGAUAACUCCCAGCCUCUGCCAUCAAAGCAAUGCACACAGCCAUCCAUGGAGGCAGGAGUCUUCUCUCUUCUGGGUGGCUGUAUUGUAUUGAAUGAACAACUUUGCUUCCAGGAUUGUAGAAUAGGCUUGAUUGCAAAAAAAUUAUGGUACCAUGGCAAUUCAGGUUACUCUGAAUCUUCCUCCGUGACUUAUACCCAAGUGACCAAGCUAUCUAUACUGCAAUUUGACAAGCAAACUUCAUCAGUAAUGAUGUACGUACUAGUAUUAGUAUUGCUCUUUCUCUAUAGAAAUAUGGGCAAUGUUUAUUUACCAACUGAACUUACCACUAAAAAAACAACAACAACUGAACUUUACAAAGCACAAACAAAAAAGAGCCCCCAAUUAAUGAUCCAACUCGGCAGUGGAUUUAAACUCACACCAUAAAUUUGACGUGUCUGCAUAAUAUGGGGUUGGACUUGUACUCCCUCUGUUCCUAAAUAUAAGUCUUUGGAGAGAUUCCACUAUGAACCACAUACGGAUGUAUGUAGAUGCAUUUUAGAGUGUAGAUUCACUCAUUUUGCUCCGUAUGUAGUCCAUAGUGAAAUCUUUACAAAGACUUACAUUUAGGAACAGAGGAAGUACAUGACAAGUAUGGUGCCAAAGAGAUACGGAGCAGCUAGCACAAGAUCGUGCAGACUGCUACAACCACGUGUUGAAAGGCAAAUAGAGCCAUGGAUGAUUUGGAAGCAUCGCAAUGGCUGCGUCUUCGAGGGUGACCACCUCACUGAUCGACGUGAUCAAGGACGAGGCUGCACUUUGGGCCAGAGCAGGGGCCCUAGGGCUACGCUUCAGAACGCUGGGACUGGUCUUAACUAAUUAUGAUGAGAAAUCACUUUCUUAUCUUAAAUACAUCAGUGAUUAUAGGAUUUUCAUUCUCCUGUCAUUUUCAUAAAUGUCCAAUUUAGUGUAUUAAAAUAGGCAUAUUUUCAUAUAGGUUCGCCAAAAGGGAAGUGUCAUUUUUACAUUGUCAGCAGAUAAAACUGUUUUACAUUGAAGUCUAAAGCAUGCAUUUAGUAUCUAAUGUAUUGAAGGCAUGGUGAUGAAAUCCAAGUGCAAAUGCUAGUUGAUUAGCAUCAUUCUUAUUUCUGCAAUUUAUUUCUCCAACAUUUAUGCAUAUCCAUUUCGAGUAGAUAAAUAAACUUCACUAGUGAACUUACUGCCUGAAGGCAAUGUGCUGAAAGUUGAUAAUGAAAUACAGCUCCUGAAUUAAUCCCGAAAAUUAUAACAAUUAUCUCUAUGGAGCAGAGACGGAAAGACCACCGCGGACGUGAGGACGACCAGGAGAGCGGCACCAACUGGAGGAUGAUGUAGUACUGCUUCUGUUUCCAGAUCAAACUCAGCAAGGUUGUAUACCAACUGAACUUUUACACGAAGAGGAGAGCCUAAUGAUGAGAGAUCAGGGGAUUGAACAGGACUAUAAAUCGAUGAGUCUAAUAAACAGUGGCUGGGUUUGAACAUGGACAGGAAUCUCUUCCUUCCUAGUGGGGAAAGGAACAUGGCGACUGUUGGGGUUGAUGGGACACUUUGGGGGAUCCGGAAGGCCAAAAAAUAUGGCAUGUUUCGAGCUGCGAUCCCAGCGCACUGCUCUUUCAUGUUUGCUACUGGAUUAGCAACCGUUGGAGCUUGGUACAAGUGGAGGGAAAAAGGGGAGGCGUCGCAACAGGGCGCAAAGCUCAUGGCGUCUGAAGCGUUCCAUUUUCUUCCGGAAAGGAGGAUAACUCCCAGCCUCUGCCAUCAAAGCAAUGCACACAGCCAUCCAUGGAGGCAGGAGUGUUCUCUCUUCUGGGUGGCUGUAUUGUAUUGGUAUUGCUCUUCUCUUUUCUAUCUCUUGCGCGCCGUGCCUCUACUACGUCUACGUACCAGCUGGUUCAUCUCCGGUUAAUUUUAUGUUACUGAUGUACAGAAUGAACAACUUUGCUUCCAGGAUUGUAGAAUAGGCUUGAUUGCAAAAAAAUUAUGGUACCAUGGCAAUUCAGGUUACUCUGAAUCUUCCUCCGUGACUUAUACCCAAGUGACCAAGCUAUCUAUAAGACGGAAAGACCACCGCGGACGUGAGGACGACCAGGAGAGCGGCACCAACUGGAGGAUGAUGUAGUACUGCUUCUGUUUCCAGAUCAAACUCAGCAAGGUUGUAUACCAACUGAACUUUUACACGAAGAGGAGAGCCUAAUGAUGAGAGAUCAGGGGAUUGAACAGGACUAUAAAUCGAUGAGUCUAAUAAACAGUGGCUGGGUUUGAACAUGGACAGGAAUCUCUUCCUUCCUAGUGGGGAAAGGAACAUGGCGACUGUUGGGGUUGAUGGGACACUUUGGGGGAUCCGGAAGGCCAAAAAAUAUGGCAUGUUUCGAGCUGCGAUCCCAGCGCACUGCUCUUUCAUGUUUGCUACUGGAUUAGCAACCGUUGGAGCUUGGUACAAGUGGAGGGAAAAAGGGGAGGCGUCGCAACAGGGCGCAAAGCUCAUGGCAUCUGAAGCGUUCCAUUUUCUUCCGGAAAGGAGGAUAACUCCCAGCCUCUGCCAUCAAAGCAAUGCACACAGCCAUCCAUGGAGGCAGGAGUCUUCUCUCUUCUGGGUGGCUGUAUUGUAUUGGUAUUGCUCUUCUCUUUUCUAUCUCUUGCGCGCCGUGCCUCUACUACGUCUACGUACCAGCUGGUUCAUCUCCGGUUAAUUUUAUGUUACUGAUGUACAGAAUGAACAACUUUGCUUCCAGGAUUGUAGAAUAGGCUUGAUUGCAAAAAAAUUAUGGUACCAUGGCAAUUCAGGUUACUCUGAAUCUUCCUCCGUGACUUAUACCCAAGUGACCAAGCUAUCUAUAGUAAGUGAAAGAUUUUUUUU